CAGAAAUUCCAAAUAUUAUCAAAUUCUAAUUUAACAAUUAAAUAAUAUAGAAGCGUGAGGAAAUAGUUACAGCGAAUAAGCGCACAGUAAAAACUAAAAACAAUAAUUGGCCGUGGCUCUGCAGCAUUGGCAUUGGGCCUCUCUCUCAUCUCAAUCUCAUCUCAUCUCAUCACUUCAAUAAAUACACACUUCUCCUUCACAAUCUCCUCCCCUUUUUUGCUUUUUGCUCCACCGACGCACCGUUUGUAUUCAUCUCCACCAUAAAUCAUCAUCCAGCAGCUCUUGAGUUGGACUGGCGGUUCGGUCUCCCUUUGCUGGAUCUGACGGCGAUCAUAAUCGCCGCUGCCGGUGUACCAUGUCGUCCGGGAGGUACAUGGUCUACUCGCCGUCUCCGUCCGCCCCUCACUCUCCUCACAUCGGCGCACCCGCGGCCGGCGGUGGUCUCCGCGCCGCCUCUGCUCUCGCCGAACAAGAAAAGUACCUCUCAGAAUUGCUGGCAGAACGCAACAAGCUCAAUCCUUUUAUGGCUGUUCUACCAAAUUGCUACCGGUUGCUGAAUCAGGAAAUAUUGCGUGUAACUACACUGUUGGGGAGUGCAUCAGUUUUAGAACAAAGUGUGCUUGAACAUGCUAGCCCCCUGGCUUCAGGAGGAAUGUAUUCAAAUGGAGGAGCUAACGUGAACAGAUGGGCAUCACCCUUUCAAUCAGAAAUGUCAAGUUUAAUGCAAUCUUCUUCCACUCCAAACUGGCUUGGUUCCCAAGGUAGCUCUUCUGGUCUCAUAGUCAAGCGGACAAUCAGGGUAGAUAUUCCAGUUGACCAAUAUCCCAAUUAUAAUUUUGUUGGGCGCCUCCUUGGUCCCAGAGGGAAUUCUCUGAAGCGAGUUGAAGCAACCACCGAGUGCCGUGUUCUAAUCAGAGGGCGUGGCAGUAUCAAGGAUCCAACAAGGGAGGAGAUGAUGAGAGGUAAACCGGGAUAUGAGCACCUUAAUGAGCCCCUUCACAUACUUGUUGAGGCAGAACUGCCUGUUGAGAUCAUUGAUGCUCGUCUAAUGCAGUCACGUGAAAUACUGGAAGAUCUACUCAAGCCUAUGGAUGAGUCUCAAGACUAUUAUAAGAAGCAACAGUUGCGAGAACUGGCACUGCUAAAUGGUACACUUCGGGAUGACGGCUCUCAGAUGUCUGGUUCUGUAUCACCCUUCCACAACAGCCUGGGAAUGAAGAGGGCGAAGACCAGGGGGUAAUUAAUAUUUGGAGUUGAGAUAUCUUUCAACUCUGCCUUCAAAACUGCAGUUCCCAUAGCACAGGUCUUUUGCUGUGCCAGAGGAUGCCUGUCACUGCCAUCGGGGCACUGGUCCGUUGAGUGCCAGUUCUAACCUGUCUCUAUAUGAUAUGAGUGCUUUUAUUAUACUUGGGGAGAUUUAGUAGCAGUAAAACAUUGUGCUAAUGGAUGUUAAUGGUGAGGGGUUUUGAGUUUGUAUGUUGCCUGGGCAGUUUGGUUGGGGAGUAUUCUCCCCCCAGAACAUCGCGUCCUAUUAUUUUAUUUGUUGCUAGCUUGCUGGGAGUUUUUCUUAGUAUGGAACAAGUUUGUGAGAUUCAUUAUGAAAUUUGUAUACUAAGUGAGGCCAAAGUAAUUUGUUCCUAGUGCCUAAAAAAGUGCCACACUGCGAAUUUAUUAUUAUUACUAUUACCAUUUCUUGGUGCU